CAGGAUUAGCAAACCUGAAACCUCUACAGAUAUUUGUGUGCCUCCGUAUUCCUCCCCAAGCUGCCUGCUCCUCUAGCGCCAGCCUCGCCCAGUCCCCUCUCGGCUGCUCCGAGAUACAAAGCCCAACCCGCCCAUCUCUUUGCAAACCCUGAGAACUUCAUUCCCCAUGUUGAAACUCGUCGGUGGCGGUGGCGGGCAGCACUGGGCAUGCUCAGUAGCGGGGACAGGUCUGGGAGGCAAGGAAGCCGCGUUUGAAGUCGCACGGCCCGGGUAUCAGGAGGAGGCGGGUUGCGGGGGCCCCGGCUGGGGGUCCGCGGGGCUCUCGGAUUCCGCGCCGGGAGCCGGUAUGCUCCCGGCCGGCGCGGCGGGGCGGGCGCGCGGGGGGCAGAGCGCUAAGGAGCGGGGGGAGCCGGUGGGAGAAGGGGAGGAGCGCCGGGCUCGCCAUCCCCCGGCGCCGGCUCUGCGGCUGCUGAAUCGGAAACCGCAGGGAGGAUCCGGGGAAAUAAAGACGCCCGAGAAUGACCUCCAGCGAGGCCGCCUGAGCCGGGGCCCGCGCGCCACCGCACCAGCCCCCGGCAUGGGCGACCGGGGCGGGCGGCCGGAGCACUCGGCCACGCACGCCCCGGGGGCCCCCGCCGACGCCGGCGCUGCCGCCGUGAACGGGCUGCUGCACAACGGCUUCCACCCGCCGCCAGUCCAGCCGCCGCGCCUCUGCAGCCGGGGCCCCGCGGGCGGUGGCGACGCGGCGCCCCCGCGCCUCCCGCUCUUGCCGGAGCUGCAGCCGCAGCCACCGCCCCCUCAGCACGACUCCCCGGCCAAGAAAUGCCGGCUGCGGAGGAGAAUGGACUCUGGGAGAAAGAACAGGCCGCCAUUCCCCUGGUUCGGCAUGGAUAUCGGUGGAACACUGGUUAAACUGGUCUACUUUGAACCAAAGGAUAUUACAGCCGAAGAGGAACAAGAGGAGGUGGAGAACCUGAAGAGCAUCAGGAAGUAUUUGACUUCUAACACGGCUUACGGGAAAACCGGGAUCCGAGAUGUCCACCUAGAACUGAAAAAUUUGACCGUGUGUGGGCGCAAAGGGAACCUGCACUUCAUCCGCUUCCCCAGCUGUGCGAUGCACAGGUUCAUCCAGAUGGGCAGCGAGAAGAACUUCUCCAGCCUUCACACCACUCUCUGCGCCACGGGAGGCGGGGCUUUCAAGUUCGAAAAGGACUUCAGAAUGAUUGCUGACCUGCAGCUCCAUAAACUGGAUGAAUUGGACUGUCUGAUUCAGGGCCUGCUUUACGUUGACUCCGUUGGCUUCAACGGCAAGCCGGAAUGUUACUAUUUUGAAAAUCCCACAAAUCCUGAAUUGUGUCAAAAAAAGCCGUACUGCCUUGAUAACCCAUACCCUAUGUUGCUGGUGAACAUGGGCUCAGGGGUCAGCAUUCUAGCAGUGUACUCCAAGGACAACUAUAAAAGAGUUACAGGGACCAGUCUUGGAGGUGGAACAUUCCUAGGCCUAUGUUGCUUGCUGACUGGUUGUGAGACCUUUGAAGAAGCUCUGGAAAUGGCAGCUAAAGGCGACAGCACCAAUGUUGAUAAGCUGGUGAAGGACAUUUACGGAGGAGACUAUGAACGAUUUGGCCUUCAAGGAUCUGCUGUAGCAUCAAGCUUUGGCAACAUGAUGAGUAAGGAAAAGCGAGAUUCCAUCAGCAAGGAAGACCUCGCCCGAGCCACACUGGUCACCAUCACCAACAACAUUGGCUCCAUUGCUCGGAUGUGUGCGUUGAAUGAGAAUAUUGACAGAGUUGUGUUUGUUGGGAACUUUCUCAGAAUCAAUAUGGUCUCCAUGAAGCUGCUAGCAUAUGCAAUGGAUUUUUGGUCCAAAGGACAGCUAAAAGCUCUGUUUUUGGAACAUGAGGGUUAUUUCGGGGCUGUUGGGGCGCUGCUGGAACUGUUCAAGAUGACUGAUGACCAGUAGUGAUGACCAGUGGACGGAAGAACCUUUUGUGAGAACAGAGAACUGAGAGUUGCCGCCGGAGGAGGUAGAUGCCGCUGUGGGACGGAAGCCAAGCCAUUAUGGCAGAUGAACCUGCUGGAUUUGUAAAUAAUUUAAAAUCCUUCUAACUGAUCUUUUACUCUUGGGUUUUGAGCUGAUGAUUCAAAAUGGGGAAUACAAGAGUUUUUUCUGUAUACUGUAUUUUUUAAAAAAAAAGUUUGUGCAGCGAGGCCAAACCUACGAAUUUUAUGCAUUAACCUUGAAAAGUUGUAUGAUGUGUAGGAAGGACCUGAAAUGUAAGUGCUGUUUAUUUUUCUUCUGGGGUUUACUGAUCCGUGUGGUAAUUUUAACUUCAUUUAGUAAUGACUCUAGGAGAUUCUACCUUUACUUAUAUUCUUCAUGACGUUUCAUGAUUUGCUGUUGGUUUCAAAUGAAACUACAAAUCUGGCAUGUUUUACUGUGAACACAAUUUGGUUUGUUUGUUUAUAUGCCUUUUUUCGUCUUGGUUUUUUUUUUUUUUCUGUUGGAAUGUCUUAUGGAGAAAGAGAGUCCUUCCCCCUGUUUCUGUCCUCAAAUGACUCCCUCUCCUCCCCAAUACCUUUCUUUAACCUAAUUGUUCGUAUCAAUCAAGGUGCUGACCAACUCGAUACGAAGUUAAGCACGAGAUUGAAAGCUCUCGAAAGUGCCCUUGAUGAGAAAACUCUGAAAGUGUUCAUGAAUUUUAUGAGUCAGGCAAAAGUUGAAAAUGAUAUGCAAUUUUGUCUUAACCGUUACGAAUAUGCAAUGUUUUGUUGGAUUUAUUUUCUGUUAGGUUAUAUUAAAUUGAAAUGUUUCUCUGAUGAAAUGUCCUCACUCAGGCCCAGCCUAUGAGUGGCAGCAAAUCCUUAUGCAGGACUUUGGAACUUCCCAGGUAAAGUCUCCCAGUAGAUUAACUAUUCACAUUGGGAGAGGAGGGAGAAGUCAUGGGUUGAGGUGUCAGGUAAUAAUACCUAUUUGUUUUGUACACGUAUGUACAUAGGAGCUUUGUAACAAGGCAUCUUAAAUAUUAACAUUUUUUCAUUUGAAAUAUUUCAAACUGAAAACUGUAUUUCAAUCCCAGUUUCUAAUAUUAAAAAAAAAAUCAUGAUACUGAUCUCUAUACAUAUUUUUUGUCUUUUUUGAAAGAUGUCAUUGGAACUGAUGGGUAACUUUCAAAUGAGAGUCUUGUACAAAUAUUGAAACGCAUGAGGUCUAAUGAUUUAGAACUGAUUAAUCUUUUGAAUUGAGCACAUUGUUGAAAGGGAUUUUUCAAGGCAGUGCAACUCCUCCAUGAUGAAUCUUUCCUUUUCUGCCUCCUGAGCACCAUCUUUAAUUGCCAUAUCUUCAAGUCUUGAAGAACGUGAUGUUAAUUGAAGUGUUCACUUGUCUGGUUGAAAUAAAGCCUGUUUCUGUUGUGAUGUUUUUAGUGUAUAUGUUAUUUUCAUUUCUUAAUCUUCAUGUCCAUAUUAUCUGCUUUUGUACCAUAAAAUGAAUGUGUUGUAUUUUUGCUACCCUACAUUUCACAAUUUGAGGCUUUCCUAUAAGGGUGUCUUCAACUGAAGCUGUAACUCUAUGCAGAGAUUUUUUUUAAAUAGCUUUAUUGUUCUUAUACAACUGACUCAUUGCCAAAAUACUAUUACUAAAUUUGGUAAUUCAAAAAAUUUUUCAAAAUUUGGUCAUCACAAAUACAUUUUAUUAACUUCCACCUGGCUUAAAAAAAUUCAAGCAACUAAGAUGUUCUUGAAAAAGAUAAGUAUAAAAAUGUACAUGUGAUCUACAUUAGUGCCUUUUUUGACUAUUCCCUUCUAUCAGUCCUACUCUCCUCUGUCAGGUAAUAGUAGACCUUGGAUUACGGUUCUGCAAAAGAAAUCAGGGCAAGUUAAUGUAAUUAUAUAAUUUUUUAAUUAUCUGGAAUCACUUGAUCUUUCAUUGCAAAUGCGUAAGAUGUUGGUUUAGCUGAGGAAAUCAAUUCUUCCACUAUACAAAUAUCAGUAAAUGUUGGCUACCUAUAGCCAGCCUUUUUUUAUAAUGAGUAACUUGUAGCCUGAGGAUUUUUACAUUCACUUGAAUCAUAGGGACUUUCCUUUGGCUCAACAUUAAGAAGAAACUUGACAAGACUAAAGAAUUUUUAUCUUGAACUUGUGAAUUCAAGAUGGUCAGGU